UCAAUGUAUGUUUUCGUAAACUUCUAAUAGACCACAAAAAUUCACCAUGAUUUCCCCCCCCUGCAUCUCUGGCAUCCAAUAGGACGAAUCUGUAAGAUCGCGGUUGUGGGGGAGGAUAGCUGUGUUUAUUUUCUUUCAGCCACAGAUGGUUUUAGAGGCUGUGAGACAGAGGUAGAGAACGACAGUCGGGGAUGAAGCCGCAGCUUUGGGGGAAAAGUUGCAUUUAUUGCAUGCAUAGCUGGGGCACGAGACAUAAACUCUCACGAUGUACAUGCACAUAGUUAUGUUUGCUGUUUUGGUUCUGAGCGUCAGACCUGGAGAAGGUUUCCCCAAUUACAAAGAUGACUACAUGGACGAGGACUUGGCCACUUUCGACUAUUACAAAGGGACGGAUGAGUUUGAUGAGGGGAACAGGACGCAGGAGUGUGAGGAGUGUGUGCCGGAGCUGUGCCCGCUCGCGCAAGGCUGUAGAGCAGGGCUGGUGCCGGACAGCUGCGGCUGCUGCUUUCAAUGCGCCAACCUGGAGGGACAGACCUGUGAUCUCGGCCAGAGAAAUGUCUAUUAUGGAUUGUGUGGAGAGGACAUGGAGUGCAAACUGGACAGCUCCGAUGGAGUAGACGGAGAGGAGCCAGAAGCUCAGUGUGUGUGUUUGUCUCAGAAACCUCUGUGUGGCUCAGACGGACAGACCUACAUGAAUCUCUGCAAAUACAAAGAUGCGGCUUAUUCAAAGCCUGGACUCAAUGUGAGCGACGGGCCGUGCAGGACAGUCCCCGCCAUCAAAGUGCCGCCACAUAAUCUGGUAAAUGUAACGGGCAGCAGUAUAGCAUUUCUCUGCGAGGUGUAUGCAUUUCCCAUGGCACUAGUGGAAUGGAGGAAAGAUGGAAAAGAGGUCAUUUUACCGGGCGAUGAUCCCCACAUAUCUGUUCAGUCACGAGGUGGCCCUCAAAAGUAUGAACUUUCCAGUUGGCUGCAGAUCGAAGAGGCCAGUCAGACGGAUUCUGGAACAUACAGGUGUAUCGCUCGAAAUGAGCUUGGGCAAGUCUCAGCCACAGCAAUGUUAGGAGUCCUGCCACCAGAUGAGAUGUCUGUCUAUUUGGAACAAAACAUGAAUGAAAUGACGGGCUAUGACCAAUUACAGGACUAUGACAGGGAUUAUUACUAAACUUCCGAUUCCAAGACCCUCAAGAAAAACAAUGUUUUUUUUACUUAUAGACAUUAAAUUUGAGACAUGGCAAGAAGACACUCAGGCAAUGACUGUAAAAAAGUAAAAACAUCCCCCCCCCAGAGCUUUUUCUACAUCUGGAUAAUCAUAACAUAACAUGGAAGCGGCGGGGAAGAAGCUUCAAUAAAUUCCCAAUGGCACAGGCCUCUAAAUUUAAUGAAAAACACACAAUGAAAUGAGUGGAGGAGUGAUUGGAGCAGUUUGGGAGCUGCUAGAAGCUCUAAAAUGAAGUACAGAGAGUCAGAGAGUAGCUGGAGCUGAAUGUCUCUUUUGUUUCUCCAACAACCUACUUCAGAGUGACAAGCUGAAUAACAAAACAUGAAGAACUGUGAAAUCUGAAUGAGAACUGAACAAUUAUAUGACAAAUAUAUAUAUUUUAUGAUCAUUUCUUUUUAUAUUAUAAGUACAGUUAUGCAUUUUGACCAAUAGAUUUCUAUGGGCCAGAUUUACUAAACGGGGCAAAUUAGCGUGAGAGCACAAUUCCACAAAUGCGCCAAUAGUGGCAAGUUCUGCGCGUGAUCUACUGCUGACGCGCAAAAUAAAGAACACAGAUGCAGUCAAAUCAUUUACAUAAUGCCAACGCAAUCUAACAAGAGCAGCGCAAAUUAGAGUUGGGUCACAAAUAAGCUUAUCAGGUGCAGGUUGACACAGGCGCAACUUAUUACACAUAUAACGUCUUCCUCUGGCGUUCCAGAGAAAUUAAUACGAGUGGAAAAUAUUUUCUCUCUUCUACCAUGCGCUCUCUGUUCGCUGCGGUGUCUCCUCCUAGCAGCAACAAUUGCAGCCAUGUCGCAAAAUGGGUCAAGACAUGGUUUUUUUUGGACGUUAAAUAAUGGCGCAAAAACCAGUAAAUUGACUAGCGCAAACAUUAGUAAAUAACGUUGUGUGAUUCAUUUAAAUACUCUCCUCCCAUAAAUUUUGCAUCUGAAAGGGAAACUCCUACAAAUGCAUAUGCAAUAAGGUCAGCCACAAAAACAACUCAGUCCGCGCCUUUUCAGUGCUAAUUUUGCACUGCGUGUCUUUAGUAAAUCCCGACGGUAGUUUUUUAAUGCCAAAGGAGGGUUUGCGCUGGCGCAAGCUGUUAGUAAAUCUGGCCCUAAACCUUCUUUUUGAACAUGUUAAUAUUAUAUAUAACAUUUUGACUGGAAUGUUGUAAUCGUCGCUUUCACAAUUAGUUAAUCGUUAUUGUAAUUUUAAAAAAGUAUAAAAUUUAUACAACAGUUCAAUAAAGAAUUUAAUAUUGAGUACCUUACAUAUUAGACACAAUAGUACCAGUUAAUUAGUCUAUUUUUGCUCAGUCAACAGAAAUAGUUCCAAACGAAUCCACAGAAUUGUGAAUUGUUGUCUCCAAGUAACAUUGCCAUUUCUGAAUAAAUCAGUGAUUAUUAUUGACGAAUCUGUUGAAAGAAUGAUUCAAUGACUCAUUCAUAAAGCAAAUCACUGGUUAUAUCCGAAUAUAUACAUACUUCCCUAGUUAGUAGGCGAAAAACAGUAUGUGAGAAGUGACGCUGACAAACCGCAUGACAAUGACAACAUAUAUGUAAUUUCAUUCAUACUACACACAUUCAUGCGAUAUAGAACAAAUAAACUUUUUUAACAGUCACAAAGUAAUUACUUAUUCAAAAAAGUACCUACUCAGAGAAUAGGCAAUUUCGGGAGCAGCCACAGGUUUUGUUCCUGAGUGAAUCAGUUCUUUUGGACAAAUUGGUUGAAUAAAUGAUUCAGUGAUUUAAUAAUAAAGACAAUCACUUGUUGCCACUUAUUGGCAUAACAAUGUGCCCUGCAGAAAAAAGUCACCAAAAAAAUACCCACCACUAAAAUGUAUAGACUGACAGUCUUUGAAACGGCAGUGCUGUUCGAGUACUUGCUGCUGUGUGCUUGGCUUUUGUGCCAACUCAGUUCUUCACAAACCAUCCUUUUCUACUCAAAGCAGAAUGUGUAUCAGCCUCUGAGUCUAUGUAUGUUUCCAUAUGUGGCAUCCCUCUUUUACUAGCCUUUCCUUUGAGAGUGUGUGUGCUAGUGUGUGUGUGUGAGUGUGUGUCUGGGUGAGCCAGUUGAGCACACAGCUGGCUUUAAUAUACCUUUAUAUGAUCUCCUGUCUUAGGACAUAAACGCAGAGAUCCUAUUCUAUAGUACAUGUGAAUACAGGUUGCACUCAUGGGACUUCUUUUGAUGAAAAUACAACAAACACCAUCAGGCUACUUAUUGAUAUACAGCAGACAUCUCUUAACCCUCUAAUUUCUCCUCUUUAGUGGAGAACACCUGUAUUUAACAGAACGGCCGUGGAUAAAAGUGCUUUUUAACCCCCA